CUGUCAUUUGUCAGCCGCUAGUGGAUUGCAUUCCGAAUCCGGGACUAGGGAGAUUGGGAGUAACGACCGGCCAGGAAGAUAGUGUUCCUAUGUUGUGUGUGUUUAAUUGGUGUUGUGCUUUUUAUUAUGAACUAAAAUCAUAAUUUUUCUCCAUCUUUUAACGUUUCAAAACUUUAGCAGCUAACGAUUGUGACAACCUUAAUAGAAAUUCUCUAAGGUGUCCAAGUUCCUCUCGCAUUGUUCGCUGAAACUUCGAAAUAAAUAUACAAUCAUAAUGAUUUUAUGAGAUUGUCGCGACCCACGGAGUCGCUGCAUGUCAUGGAGGGGUCGCGCUAUAUUGCUUGCGCGCUGCUCCUAUUGAGUCCUCUAGCACUCAGCCGACACGAUGAUGACUUCGCAUUCGACAACAACGAAGAAUUUCAGGUGGAAUUGACAGCAAAUCAUUCUGAGAUAGCGAAAAAUGGCCUAAGAAGGUUAUGGGGCGUCCCCGACACAUCGGCCUACGUGGGACAUCUAUUCAGGAUGGAAAUCCCAAAGGAGGCCUUCACCGGGGACGUUUUAGCAUAUAAGGUACGAAGGGAAGACGGUCGUCACUUACCAGGUUGGCUGGCUGUGGAUACUAAACACGGUCUGAUCAGUGGCGUGCCACAGAAACAAGAUCUCGGAGCACAUAGUUUCACUGUUAUAGCACAGGGAAGAACACACGGUCUCACAGCUACAGACACGUUCACUGUUGAGGUGAAGAAAGCGGAGGAGAAGCCCCAAUCGAAGUACGGCACGUGUGUCAGAAAUGAAAAUAGACUGGUGUUGGUGAUCCUGAUAGACGGAGCCUUCCACAGGAUCGCGCCGCGACAAAGGAUACGAGCUCUCAUGGAACUAGCCAGUUUUAUGGCUUUAGAUGGUGAUGAAUUCUGGAUGGAGCCUUAUAAGGCUGAGUCUGCACAGUCUCAUGUAGUUCUGAUGAGCGGGCCCGGGACCACGCAACGGAGGAAGAGUGACGCUACUACGGCUAUUUAUUUGAAUGUUGGUUGUGGCGAGAGGUUGUGGUCGCGUCAUAAGGUCCUGGUUUCCGGUCUGAGGGAACAAUCCCGGGAUGGGACCCUGCAUCAGAUAUUGCGUCUCCCGGUGUUAGGGUGGAGGCUGAUUGCUGUUAAGACGCUACCAAGGCUGAAAAGACAGUCUGACCUGGACGACGGGUCGGGCGCCUACGACACCUACGACGACGAUGAAGGCGACUACAGCGGAUACGACGACGACGACGACUACGCCGCCGGACUCGACGUAGGCGCCGUUCCCGACAUCGUGGACGCCCCAAAACCCCCGCACCCACACCGCCACCACCACGGCCAGCCCGACUUCGCGCCACACACCACCACCGACACGUUUCAGACCGAGCUCACCGACAACACGGCGAUAACCGACUCCCAACCCCCGACCGAACCCCCGACGACCCCCGAACCCCAACCCCCAAUCCCCGCGUCCCCGAUCCCCUCCACGCCAGCCGCGACGCUUGUGGAACACACGCUCACGGAGACCCCCGAAACAGCCUCAACUAAUACGUAUACCACGGAGGAUCACAAAGUUAAAAUCACACCGUAUUCUGAAUCCGCGUCCGAGUCGACUCAAGUGAAGAUGACGAAGGAACAUUUGGCUAACAUACCGAGACGACUAGACGAACAUUCGCCCAUAAUAAUUGUCCCAGAAGACAUUCCGACGACAACUGAACCGGAAGAGUCCACCGUUAUAAUACAAGCGUCCAACGAACUACCGACAUCAAUGGAAACGCCGACGUCACCGUCGUCUACAGAAGAAACGAUUACUAUACCAAUAUCCUCUACGUCUACUACGACGUCAACUAUGACGCCUGAACCGACAACUGUUGAGACGACGUCGUCAACGACCACGUCUACGACGUCGACUACGACGAGUACGACUACGCCUACGCCCACACCGACACCAAUUACAAUUUUGACGUCACCAUCGACUACGCCAACAACAACGCCAAUCGAUUCAACCACACAGGAAGUCACCAAGCAGGAUACCAUAACUUCAACGGAGCGUACCAGCACUAUAGUUGGCAGAACAACAGAGACCGUUCCUUUCCCUAUGCCGGUGAAUCAGCCGCCGACACUCAAACAUCACAUGAAAAAACUAGCCAUUACAGCCGGAAAGGCCUUCAGAUACAUUAUACCAGCCGAUCUAUUCACUGAUCCUGAAGAAGGCAGCAACUUAACGUUUAGGAUGUACGAAGAGGAAAAUGUACCACUUAACAAGAACUCCUGGAUACAGUUCCUACCAUCCGAAAGAGAGGUCUAUGGAUUACCACUAGAAGCGCACGUGUCUCGCUGGAACUUCAUAGUAGAAGCUCAGGACAGCGAAGGUCUCGUGGCCAGGGGACCUCUAGACAUUACGGUGCAACAGCACAAGAGCGGCAGAACUAUCAACCACCAGUUCAUAAUGAAGAUGAAGUUACAGAAGAAUUACAACAACGCCGUGGACUGGCAGAUACGAGCCUUGGAGGGCAUCGUGAACCUGUUCAGGGACACCGACAUGGAUCACCUCACUGUACUGAACACCACGCAGAACGGAGAUCUGUAUGAAUUCGUGUGGACCAACGACACCCUGCCCAAGGAUCCCGCCUGCCCCAUGGAUGAUAUCAACAGGCUUAUGAAGAUAAUGGUAUCUGAGCCGGAGUCAGGCAGCCCGUCCCCUAGUCUGUCUCGAGCGAUGUUCCCAGACAUGAAGGUGUCGGAAGUGAGGUGGAGGGGCGCAGGCCGAUGUGUUCCCCCCUCCACACGCGCUCACGACACUUACCCCCCGGUCACUAGGAACCAGGUGGAUCAUCUCACAGCUACAGUUGGACAUCUACUACUGUAUAAAGUGCCAGAGGACACAUUCUUCGACCCGGAGGACGGUGGUACUCGCAACCUUCAGCUGUCCCUCAGGUUCAGCGACCGCUCGGAGAUCCCUUCGAACCACUGGUUGCAGUUCGAUGCACGAAACCAGGAAUUCUACGGCCUGCCCGGGCCUGGGGAUGAGAAGAUUGUACAUUAUCAGCUGAUCGCGGAAGACUCUAGUAAGAAGAGUGCGUACGACAGUCUCAUAGUGGAAGUAGCUAAGGCGCCGACCAUACGACCGACCGUCGAGUUCCAGAUGACAAUGGACCCGUCGCCACUUGCGGAUAGCGCCACCAACAAGAGGAAGGUUGUCGAGAAGUUGGCGGCGCUGUUCGGACAGACCGACACAGACAAUAUACGCAUACAGAGCAUCACAGACAACCCCACCACUAUUGUAUGGUACAACACCAGUCUGCCAAUGGACAGAUGUCCCAAACGGGAAAUUGAGGAGCUACGAAGGAUGAUAAUAGCCGACGAACGGGGAUCUGUCGGCGGAAACCUCAAAGAGCACGUCGAUCAGAUAUUCGACAAAGACUUAAAGGUUAUGUCCAUACGGCUCAUACCAUUGGGACUUUGCGCGGAACAGAAUACGAAGACACCCAAAACAAUGGCGCCCUCUCACGGCCCGAAUCUACAGAACAAGGCUACUAACGCCUCCCCCGAAUACUCGGACUAUUUGGUCACGUUCGUGGUACCAGCCGUCGUCAUCAUCUGCAUGAUCGUGGUAGCGGCCAUCAUCGCUUGCGUACUGUACAAGAGACGGCGAACAGGUAAAAUGAGCGUUGGCGACGAAGAAGAGCGUCAGGCGUUCAGAUCUAAAGGGAUCCCUGUGAUCUUCCAAGACGAACUCGAAGAGAGAGUCGAAACUGAACCGGGAGAUAAGAGUCCUGUCAUCAUGAGAGAGGAAAAGCCACCCUUACUGCCGCCGACGCCAGAUUAUCGUAAUGAAGACGCACCUUACCGGCCUCCGCCGCCCUUCGCAGCCUCGCGCACCCCCCCGCGACCUAAAGCGACCCCCACUUAUAGAAAACCACCCCCCUACGUACCGCCCUAAUAUGAUAAACGUCUGACGCACACUUGUCUGACAAAUUAAUCUCGAUUCACUUCUUUAUCUAAGGUAAUUUUGUUUUUACUUGAAUUAAAGGACCUCACGUGUAAUAGGCGUGAUAAAAAAGCAAUAAAAACAGGAAAUAUAAUAUAGAGAAAUAAAACCAAUAAUAUUAUACUCAGAGUUAGCUGUCAUCGAAUUUUAUAUAUAUAUGAUAUGAAAACUUAGUACUUCAAACAAUGUGAUGUCCUAGCAGAAAAAAAUAUUAUUACCUUUAGUAUUUUUUUAUUUGGAAUGGUAUUUCAAAGUUGAAAUUAUUUUUUUUAAUUGACGUCAGACGUGUGCCAGAAACGGGUGUAUUUUUUAAAGUAUAUAGUAAACCUAGUCGACAUUCGUCUUGCAGCUAUUCGACAACUAUCUUCGUACUCAAACGACACUUAUCAGUAUAUGAAAGUAUGUUUUAUUAUAUUUACGAGCGUUUAUGAUGUUACGGAAUGCAUUUAUUACGAAAAUUAAGUUAACACGGGAACGUUUAAGGAAUUGUGCACAAUGACAGCUGAUACGAAUUUCGUGUGUGACGGCCGCUGUAGUGUGGCCGCGGUCGGGUUGUAAAGAACUUGAAUCUUAAGUAUUAGUGUUGUUAUCGAGGUAGGUGAUGUUACAUUAGAUCAUAAAGUUAUACAAAAAUAUUUCUAAAAAAAAUCGCUUUUUACUAAUAUAUGUACGUGACGAACUGAAUGUAUUCAAUGUAUAACUAGACCAAGGACAGUUCCAUAGGUGUUUUGGCUGAGUGUGCCAUUGUUUGAAAAAAAAAAAAUUGUUAUGUAAUUUAAACAUAUCCAAAUGUAACAGUAGCCUUUAGCGUAGUACUUCCAACACGAUAUACUAGGCUAUGCAUGUGUGUAUGUGACGGUUAGGACACAGACUAUACUAGCAACGUUAAUCAUGGUAGGAGCACACGAUGUUAAGACUUAUAUUUUAUUUGGAGGUUUUCCUCUCCGUGUGUUCGGCGAGUCGGGCUUGUUUAUUAAGAGCCGUAUAAAUGAAAUGCUUUCACGCUCGGCAACGUUUUUUUAUAAUACGAAUGAAUUAAGCGUGUAAAUGAUAAAGUGUUAUACAACUGAAUUUAGUUUUAGGUUACGAAUAGAUAUUUUUUAAGAAUAAAAUAUCAUUUUGUACUUGUCUAUUAUUACCAUAGGUUUAAGAUUAAUAAAAUUAUGUUAAAUAUAGGGAAUUUAACGAAAUGAGCUAUAAAAUUAAAAAAAAAAAAUGUUUGGAUGUAUUUUUUUUCUAUUGUAUACUCAUUUAGCUGAUGUUUCUUCAAUUAUAUUUUGUUUUUGUAUUUUUAUUUCUUAGUAGGUGUACUUAAAUAAUGUCCACAGGAAACCGAACCAUGUUAUUAUAUUUCCAUAUCUCUAUGGCUGCUACUUUGUUUACACUUCACACGAAAACGCACAUAAUUAUUGAGUAUGUAAUUAUUGAGUUUUAUUUCUAAUUUAAUAAAAUGGUCUAGUAUUU